GAGUACGGGCACUUUGGCUUCCAAGCUACCUUCAAACAGGUAGAGAAAGGAAAGCAAGGAAAAAGAAGGAAGAACAUGAGUACCAUUUCCAAUAAUUCCUUGAAGAAGUCCCUGCUGCAGCUAGAAUGUUAUUUUACAUGGACUUUGCUGAAGGAGGAUGUAGAUCUCGAUUACCUAGAGGAAUCAAUAAUUGAUCUGAUUGAUAUUGGAUUUUAUGAAAAUCUCAGAAAUUACAAUCUACUCUCUUAUGUAUGUCACCUAAAGCACUCAAACAAGGAAGCCCUGGAAAAUCUCCAGAAAGCUGAAGAAUUUGUUCAAAAACAUUAUCCAAAUGAAAUCGACAUGAAAAGUCUUGUUACCUGGGGAAACUAUGCCUGGAUCUAUUACCACAUGGCCAGAUACGAAGAAGCUCAAGCUUAUGUAAGCCAAGUGGAAAACAGCUGCAAAAAACUUUCAGGUACUGCUCAGUUGAAGAUUCAGCUUCCAGAAAUCUAUGUUGAGCAAGGGUGGGCACUAUUAAAGUUUGGGAAAAAGUACUAUGAGAGAGCAAAGGAGUGCUUUGAAAAGGCUCUGAGCAAAGAACCCAACAACCCAGAAUUUAAUGCUGGCUAUGCAAUAGCAGUGUAUCGUUUGGAAGAACAUUCUAAUGGAACAAAUGAAGAAGCAAACUCAACUGUGGAGAUCCUGAAGCGUGCAGUGGAACUGAAUCAAACGGACACUUUUCUUAUGGCACUACUUGCAUUAAAACUUCGGGAGUUACGUCAAGAUGAUGAAGGGGAGAGAUACAUUGAAAAAGCAAUGCAGAAAACCCCCAAUCUUCCUUAUUUCCUGCGAUAUGCUGCCAUAUUUUAUAGAAAGAAAGGAGAAGUGGACAAGGCACUGGAGAUUUUGAGAAGAGCCUUAGCAGUGACACCAAAAUCUAUCUUUUUGCGUCACCAGAUGGGAGUCUGUUACAGAGCAAAGCUGAAGCAGUUGGAAAGGGCAGGAAAUCCACCUCAAGAUCAAGUGGAAAAACUCACUCAAGAAUGCAUUUUUCAUUUUAAAGCAGUGAUUGACCAAAAAACAAAAUUUUGUUCUGGCUAUAUUGACUUAGCAGUCAUGUAUGCAAAAGCAAAGAAGUAUAAAGAAGCAGAAGAGACAUUUCAGAAAGCAUUUCAGAUAAAUAAUCUGACUUCUGAUGAAAAACAAUCACUAUACUACCGAUACGGAUAUUUUCAUCAGUAUUGUAAGAGAUCAGAAUCUGAAGCCAUUAGAUAUUACAAAGAAGGGCUGAAAAUUGGAGGAGAUUCUUAUGAAAGAUAUAUGUGCAAAACUGCCCUCAAAAAAUUGUUGGGAGAGAGAAUUCGGAGAGGUUUAGAAGAUGAAGUAGAUUUUGGUAUACUUGGACUCAUUCACCAGCUAGAUGGUGAGAACCGAGAAGCAAUUGAGUGCUAUGAGAAAGCCAUUGAACGUAACCCUGACAAUGAAGAAUAUCUGAGUGCGUUAUGUGAGCUACGACUUUCCCUCUCAAGCUGAAGCCCCCAAAAUCCCUUCUCAAAAAAAAAAAAAAAAAAAAAAAAAGCACAUUUUAUGGUUGAAGUUAUAACCAGAUUUUAAGGUUGAAGUUAUAACCAGAUGAAAAACCUGGUACCACCACCUUCUGGUGAUGGUGUAGAAACUGUAGAUGAUGACUGGAUGAUGAUUGUGCAUUUGCUUGUUCGUUCACUGCUAAAGAGCAUGCUUAGAAAGAAUAAAUAAUAGCUAAGCAAUCUUAGCCUUCCGUACUAAUAGUAGUAUAAAGGUUGUCUUUGAGUGAUGAUCUGCAGGACACAGCUGGAACCAGAUCUUACCUUCUACUGAGAAAAAGAUCAGGGAAUUAUGCUAUUUUAACAUUUAACCUAUCAAUUUGAAAGGCAUGCUGAUGCUACAAUGGACAUUGCUGGUGCAUUUUCAAAUAUUAAGGAAAGACUCUUUUUGUGUCAUUUAGAAGAAAUUUGUGUUGAAGACUUGUUCAGAUUACUACCUUGUGUGCUGUUUAACAUAAAUGACCACUGUUUAAACAA